CAGGCUGCUCAUGGAAGCAGAAAACCAAACCGCUGUCUCUGAAUUCCUCCUCCUGGGACUGUCAGAAAACCCAGAGAAUCACACCCUCCUCUUUGGGCUGUUCCUCUGCAUGUACCUGAUCACUGUGUUGGGAAACCUGCUCAUCAUCCUGGCCAUCGUCUCAGACUCCUGCCUCCACACGCCCAUGUACUUCUUCCUCUCCAACCUGUCCCUCAUCGAUGCCUUUUUCUCAUCCACCACCGUCCCCAAGAUGCUGGCAAACCUCUGGUCCCAGAGCCGAGCCAUCCCUUUUGCCGGCUGCCUCGCCCAGAUGUAUGCCUUCCACCUGUUUGGGACCAUGGACAGCUUCCCCCUGGCCGUGAUGGCCAUUGACUGAUUUGUGGCCAUCGUCUAUCCUCUGCGAUACUCCGUCAUCAUGAGCCCCCGUGUCUGUGGGCUGCUGGUGGGUGGGCCGUGGCUGAUCACCAAUCUCCAGUCACUUGUACACACCUGCCUCAUGGCUCAACUGACCUUCUGCACAGGCUCCGAAAUCCCCCACUUCUUCUGCGACCUCAUGCCCCUGCUGAAGCUCUCCUGCUCGGACACUCGCACCAACGAACUGGUGAUCUUUGUUUUCGGCUUCCUCAUGGGCAUCAGCCCACUCUCCUGCAUCCUCCUCUCUUACACCUGCAUUUCCCAGGCAGUGUUCAAGAUCCCUUCUGCUCAGGGCAAGUGGAAAGCCUUCUGCACUUGUGGCUCGCACCUCACUGUGGUGUCACUCUUCUAUGGCACCAUCUUCGCCGUGUACUUGCAGCCCGCCUCUCUCGCCUCCUCCCAGAAGGACAAGGCGGCUGCCCUGAUGUGCGGGGUGGUCAUCCCCAUGCUGAACCCCUUUAUCUACAGCCUAAGGAACAAGGACAUGAAGGCAGCCCUGAGGAAGCUCCUCGGCAGACCCACCGCCUCUCAGCCCUAGGGCAGAGCAGGGACUGAGCACCUGCUGUGUUCCAGCAGCCCAGUUGGGUGCCAGGGAGAACGAGAUGCAUACCGUCCCUGACCUCAAGGUGUUCAGAGUCCGAUGGGGGAUAGAGCCAUGUAAAUAAGUCAUUACAACCUGACAGAUAUGUCACAAAGAGAUGAAUGAAGAGCUACGGGAACCCAAAGGGAGAGGCACAUAUUUCCCUUGAUUUGUCUUGCCUGUGAAGAUCAGAGCAGCAGGGAAGAUUCCAGUUAGCCCUCUCUGGGGUACCAGAUUUACAGGAUUGCUGUGUGGCUUAUACUAGUCAAACAAAAGUUCAGCUACUCUCAGGUCCAUGUUGAUAAAGAUCAAGUGUAUUAGCUGCAAAGCCUUGCUUCCUUAGUGACUUGAGGAAGGAAUUUGACAGUAUCUGAUGAGAUUAGUUCUCUUUCGAUUGUCUUCAGCAGCCACCAGGUGUCACUGGCAGCCUCUUGGCCAUGACUUUGGGUGGGGAUCGUUGUCAUCAACAGGCCUUCUGUGCACUUCCCCUUCCCCUUCCCCUUCUUUGGAUCAUAGCAGACCCUGACACUCACGGGGAGCGUGACUCCAUGGGCUGGCACUGGACGCCAGCAUCUUCAUAAGCUCUCCAGGUAACUCAUGUGGGGAGUCCAUAGGCCACAGUUUGAGGACACAGGUGUGGACUAGCUCCAGAGCCCAUGUGUUUCCUGUGAUGUAAAUCACCUGACUCCAAACCAAUAUUAUUCCACAGGCAUGAGCAGCAAGUAGAUGGGGCGACCUAGAACACUCGGAGAGUUUGUUGUGAGUUGUGUCCUCCAAAAAAGAUAUGUCAAAAAAGCCUAACCCCCAGGACCUCAGGGUGUGGUCACGGGCCCUGAGCCAGUAUGACUGGUGUGCUCAUAAGAAGGGAGAAUUCGGACACACACACAGAGCGAGAACACCGAGUGGCAAUGAAGGCGGAGAUUGAGGUCAAGCUGCAACAGUUGGCGGCAGACCAGCAGAGGCCAGGGGAGAGGCUCGGAGCAGACCCUCCCUCAGAGCCCCGAGAAAGAGCCAACCCUGCCAACCACUCUGAUCUCAGACUCCAGCCCUCCAGACUGCGAGAGAAUACAUUUCUGUUGUGUAAGUCACCCAGCUAGUGGUACUUUGUUAUUCAGCCCUAGUCGAUGCACACAGUUAGUUUAGGAAGGGCCGGCAUCAUGCAAAAUCCAUGCUCAGAUACAUCCUCUGAAGUUCAUGACUUACCGAAUUUGCUGGUUCAGGGAGUCUGGGCUUCAACUGGACAGAAAGGUGAAGGAUUUGAACGCACCGGCUUGUUUUCUGGCUCUCAGUGUGGUGACAGUAACACACCGGCACAGGGAGGAGCCUUGUAGGUACAUUGUCUCAUUAAAUCUGCAGCAGCACCACAGGGCAGGUGAUCUAACUGCUUGCUUUACAGAUGACAAAACUGGGGCCUGAAAGGGGAAGCUGCUGCUAAGUGGUGUCCAGGGUUGGCCCAGAGAACCCACC